GCGGAGACUGCACAAAUGGGCCGUAACGGGCCGUAUACGGCGGGGCCGGUUACCACACCAGUCCACCUCCACCACAACAACCAAACGCGCAGGCCCAUUUUGAAGCCUCGCGUCUCCGACUUCAGAGCCGGCGGCGAGGCCGCGCGCGUCGCAGAUUGCAGCGAGCACCUGGAGGAGGAGGGGAGGGGAAAGGAGGCGGCGGCGAUGUCGAGCCGGUUCUGGCGGUGGUACGCGGACCGGCAGUUCCACAAGUGGGAGAAGACGGUGCUGUGGGACAUGGUGGAGCACUACCGCCCGCCGCGCUCCUUCGCGCCGCUCGUCGGCACCUACGUCGCCGCCUUCUACACCGGCGUCAUCGGUGCCGCUGUCACCGAGCAGCUAUACAAGGAGAAGUACUGGGAGGAUCAUCCCGGUGAGGCUGUGCCGAUCAUGCCGCCCAAGUUCUACUGGGGACCAUGGAGGGUGAUGAACGGAGAAGUUCCCCGCUUCAUCCAGACGCCGGACGAGGCCAAGACGGCGUAGGAUAGGAGCUUCCGAGCUUGGUUGUAAUCCUUUCAGAAGAUCAGAAGAUGCUUCUCUGGUCUCUAUAGAAAAUCCUUCCAGAGAUGAUGUUCAGAUCUUGUUCUGUGCUUAUGUUGUAACUAUGAUUCUCCUGGAUGAAUAAAUCGGCUGUGGUUGUAAUCUAAGCACACCAAGUGAGACUGGCAUACAUUGAUAUGUGAAAUGCGAUAGAUGAUUGAUGUUGCCGUGGGCUCCAUGAUGCAACGCGGGUUAAGGUUA